UCUCACAGCAUUCACACAGGGCUUCUCGUGACAAACCAAGAGCGUGCUUCGCAGGCAGAGAGGAGACCUUCUCCGCUCGCUCAUUUCCCCACCACCAGGGAACGCAACGUCGUGGUGGCGGCGGCGGCUCCUCGCCCGCCAGAGCUCAGAAGAAGCAGCUCCUUCGCGGGAGCCGCGUGGAAGGCGGCUCGUGCACUAAAGCAGACCAUUGCAAUCCUGAUGCCCUUUGCGGAUGAAAGAUGUGUCAUGGAAUGAACCCGAACAGCAGGGAUCCGUUCCUAGAGAAGCAGGAGCAGCAGCAACAGCCUCCACGGUUGCUUCAGCGUUCACAGUCAAGGCUAUCCCUCGUGGUCUUGUGGUUCCAGCUGGCUUUGUGCUUUGGCCCUGCACAGAUCACAGGUUUUGAUGAACUCCAUGCUUGUGCUGAUCCUGGGUUCCCUGAAUAUGGAUAUAAGAUGCCCAGCGCAGGUGUUUUCUUUGAAAGUUCGGUAGUUCGAUUUCACUGCCAAGAAGGAUACAGGCUUAAGGGUCCCUUCAAAAAGCUUUGUGAGAGACAUUUUAAUGGUUCCUUAGGCUGGAAGCCAAGUGAUAAACCUGUGUGCCUACAAGAAGUUUGUCCACUACCUCCUACAGUGACUCAUGGAGAUUACAUUUGCCAUCCACGGCCUUGUGAGCAUUACAACCAUGGGACUGUGGUUGAAUUCUAUUGCGACCCUGGCUACACUCUCACCAAUGACUACAAAUAUAUCACCUGCCAAUAUGGAGAAUGGUUUCCAUCAUAUCAAGUAUACUGCAUCAAAACAGAACAAAGCUGGCCAAAUACACAGGAAACUCUCCUGACAACAUGGAAGAUUGUGGCAUUCACUGCUACCAGUGUACUUCUGGUGCUUCUAUUAGUCAUUCUUGCUAGAAUGUUCCAGACCAAAUUUAAGGCACGUUUUCUUCCAAGAGGCGCUCAGGAAAAUUGCAGCAGUGGUCCUGAUUUCGUGGUGGUGGAUGGAGUUCCUGUCAUGCUUCCUUCCUACGAUGAAGCAGUUAGCAGUGGCUUGAAUGCGGUGGCACCCGGCUGUGUGUCCCCUGCAGGCCAGGGGUAUAUUUUGCAGGCUGAUGAUCAGAACCCUCCAGCUUAUCCUGGACCAGAUGAUUUGAAUAGGUUGCCAGCUGAAUUUGAUACCUGUGACAGCAUUUCAGGUUCUUCUGAACUUCUCCAAAAUUUGUAUGCACCUUCCGUGUGUCAAAUGGGAGCCUAUCCUAUCUCAGAGAGAACUGAUGCAAUCAACGGUACUACUGGAGAAUUAUCAUCCACCAGCCCAAGCAUUGACAUUGCAGAUGAAAUUCCAUUGAUGGAUGAAGACCCUUAAUCUGCACAAAUCUUGCUCAUACUUUUGUUGGGGGGUUGGGGGAAAGAAUUAUGCACAUAUGUAUACAUACAUACCUAUAUAUCUAAAUAAAUCUCUAUAUAAAGACUGAUUAAAGAUGUGGGGUGGGUAUUUUAUAAAUCUUCCAUGUUAUGAUGUCACAGAUUUUGUGUGCAUAUCUUAAUCAACUUGGAGGUUGAGAGCAUUCAACAGCAGCUUUACGAAAUGAAUCCUGAGGAUUUGAUGAGAAUAGUCACUACAAAAGAACAAUAAAUUCAUGGAAUAGUGAUGAGUGUAUCUGCAUCGCAGGAAGUCUUUUAACAACUCUUUAGAAACAUCAGUGAGAGUGAUUUGUGGUACAGGUACAAAAUGCCUAAUAAAAGCAUAUGAGAUUGUGUAAAUUUUGUUUUAUGAAAGCUGCUUCAUAUUUAUGACGAACCACAAUUUGCAAAAUUUAUUGGUGAGAAAAUAAACAAUGUUGAAAGUAAAAUCA